UUCUGCUCCCAUAUAUUUGAAGUUCUUGAACUGUUUGCGGCGGAUUCAUGAAUUAUUGAAAGAUCAGCCGUGGGCAUGCUUGUUUGUGACUCAGUUGUGCUUAGAUUCAGUUGCGGUUUAGUACCCUGUUAUUUACAGAGCUCAAUUUAUUUAUUCUCUAGCUCCGCAGUGUUAAUUUCGCAGAAUUAGUAUUUUUAUAGCAUAUUCCAACCCGCAGCACGGCACAUGGUUGCUCUUCAAGAUCGGAAAUGAUAAUCAAGCUUUUCACCUUACCAACGCAGUGGUCUAGUUCAGUUCUGUUCAUAGAAACAUGCCAAGCAUGUUUACUGCCGUCCCUUGGUUGUUGCUUAUUUUUUUUGUUUUGCUAUGAACAAGCAACUUACUUAGUGCACCAUUUAAUUUCUGCAUGUAUUGUAUUUUCAGUUAUAUGUGGUAGAAUCCACGCUAAUUCAGGCUCCACAUCUUAUGGAAAUGCUAGGACAGUUUGACCUGGAUUCUGAAGCAAUGAGUGCAUGUAAAAAGACCAGGGAGGAAGCUACAUCUGUUGUGAGUUCAGACAGCAUUAGCAGUCUACCUCCAGAGAUAAAGGGCGACAUCCUCUCCCGUUUGAAUGUCGAAGAAGCGGUUAGAACUAGCACCCUAUCAAGUACUUGGAAGGAUGCAUGGACUUAUAUGCCAAAAAUAAUUACGCGCGAUGGAAAUUUUGCACAAACAAAGUUUGUUACGUUGGUCGAUACGGUGCUAUCACUCCACAAGGGAACCAUAGAAAAGUUUGAUAUAUCAGGUAAAGGAAGUUACCAUGAUGAAUUCGUUAGGUGGAUGCUCAUGCUGUCAAGGAGAUCACCAAGAUCAGUUAUAAUCAAGUUGAACUCAGGGCCAAGGUAUAGGAUUCCCUCAUGCCUCUUUUCUAUUGCCUAUCUGAAGUGUCUGUGCCUGGAAAACUGCACUAUCAGCCUGCCCCGGGCAUUUGAAGGUUUCAAGAGCCUAACUUACCUCAGCCUGAAAAUUUUCUGCUCAACAGACAGAGAUAUUCAAAAUCUGAUCUUGUGCUGCCCCAUACUGACCAAUUUGAUAUUAAUUUAUUUUGAGGGCAUCCACUGUCUAAACAUUCAAGCUCCUAAACUGGAAUAUCUUAAAGUUUAUGGGGACUUUGAAGAUAUUGCUUUGGACGCCCCUAAUCUGGAGGAGGCCACUCUCUCUAUUGAUUACAGAUCUAAUGUAUAUCAAUCUGUUCCAAUUGCGCUCCACAAGGAAAGCCUUGUCAAGCGGGCACUGGGAAGCCUUAGUGAGAUCAAAUCACUUUUAAUUACUGGUUUUUUCCUGAAGUAUCUAUCAAAGGGGUGCAUACCUAUGAGGCUCCCUGCCGUGUUUCGUCGGCUGGAGUAUAUUUAUGUUAUGAUAAAUUUUGAGGAUCAGAGGCAAGUGUUGACCGCAUGUUCAUUGUUUCAGAUUGCCCCUAACUUGAAGGAGCUUAAGAUAUCGAGUUACCGUUGGGGCAUACCUGAUCUGGAUGAUCAGGAUCAGGCGAGCACUCAAGAACUUAUCAUGCAAAUGCAAAUGCAAACGGACCAUCUCGUAACGGCCAGUAUGUACUAUUUCGAGGGUUUGGACUAUGAAAUUGAUUUCGUGGCAAAGAUACUGAAGGUAGAGUGGAGGGGCGACGUAGAGCGCAGCAAGGUUGUUGCCAAGCUGCUACUAGAUCUACCAAGGGCGUCUCCCAGGGCCAAGGUCAUUGUUACAUUUUGACAAGCAUGCGUCCCUCAUCACUUUGCUGGCUUCAGUUGCCGCCGAGUAUAACUAUUUCGUCGUCUUUGUUUAUGCGAAUGUACCACCUAGGUAGAGGUAGUGUGUACUGUUGACAACAUUUGACCCUGUUUUCUGCGUAUGGUAGAUUCCUGGUUCUAGCAAAUAGGAGUAUAUGUGUCCGUAAGAAGUGAUCACAACUCUUCAUGAAGACACCUUCAUCUUGUAUCAAUAAGAUGUGAAUCGAAGGCGUCAAAUUGUAUUUUCUGCAUGUGAUCAAUCAAAGUAACUCAUGCCAGAAUCAGUCUACGCCCUCUCCUACUAGGAUGAUGUCGGGCAGGGAGUCGUCAGCUGAUGAAUGGACCGGGAUCUGAGAAGGGCCCUCCUUGUCAGGACAAGAGCGAGUCAGCCGGCUAUGUGAGCUGUGUUUGGUUGGGUGGGACCCACGCUUGUAAGU